ACUGUCGGAAAAGUCUCGUUGCGUAUUCAAUAAGUUAACAGAGAGGAGACUAGUAGACUGGUACUUGUGUUACGUUUAUACAGUGGACAUGAAUACUUCUUCUUCUUCUUCUUCUUCUUCUUCUUCUUCACGAACGGGUGGUUCGUGAUCCACCGGUUAGAGUACAAACGGUGGUUCAUAUAAUGAAUAUCUUCACGAGAGAUCUCAUCCGUCGGAUCGUAGCAAGUAUUUUAUUGCCUCUCUUCCUUUUCCAUUUCUUGCCUGACGUAACCUGCCAGCUAGAGUCGGAAUCUGCUGACCGUAAUAGAAAAACCAAUUUCUCCACGGAAUUGAUCAUUGCAAUCGUUUUGCUUGUAACAUUUAUCUCAUUAAGCACGGUCGCUUGUUGCUUGCACAAAACAUUCUAUAGUGCAGAGAUUGAGGCGGCAGGCCAUGAACUGUUGCACAGCAGAGCCAGGCGUGGGAUCGAGAAGGAUGUCAUCAUCGAGUCCUUUCCAUCUUUCUUCUAUUCAGAAGUUAAAGGGCUCAAGAUAGGCAAAGGCGGAGUAGAAUGUGCGAUUUGUCUAAGUGAGUUUGAGGAUCAAGAAACACUACGUUGGAUGCCUCCUUGUAGCCAUACUUUCCAUGCUAAUUGCAUCGAUGUGUGGCUCUCUUCUCGGUCCACAUGUCCGGUAUGUCGUGAGGAUCUCUCUCUGAAACCGGGUGAAACCUUUCCAUAUCCGAGCAUUGAUGUUGAAACGGGAAAUGCACAAAGAGGUGUUCAAGAACCCCCUGGUGAAAGAAGUUUCACAGAAAUAGUCAAGGAUUAUCAUAAAGACGACAUAUCUCCGCGGAGUGCAGUAAAAAUCGACAUCUCCAAGGCCUUUGAUUCUGUUCAAUGGUCUUUCAUUCUCUCUAUCUUCAAAGCUUUGGACUUUCCAUCACAAUUUAUAAAAUGGAUUGAGCUUUGUAUCACCACAGCCUCUUUCUCGGUCCAGGUCAAUGGUGAGCUCUCAGGGUUAUUUAAAAGUGCCAGAGGUUUAAGGCAAGGAUGCUCUCUAUCCCCAUAUUUGUUCGUUACUUGUAUGCAAGUUCUUUCUGCACUGUUGGAUAAGGCUGCUAAAGACAAGCAGAUUGGUUACCACCCAAAAUGUCACAACCUGCAACUCACUCAUUUAUGUUUCGCUGAUGAUUUGUUAGUCUUUACUGACGGUACAAAGACUUCUAUUGAAGGUAUUUUAACCAUAUUUGACAAGUUUGCAGAUUACUCUGGUCUAAAGAUAAGUCUAGAAAAAUCCACUUUGUAUAUGGCGGGUGUAAAAGAGGAUGACCAAGCAGACAUUCUCAGCUCCUUUCCUUUUGCAAAUGGAUCGCUACCAGUGCGUUAUCUUGGCCUUCCCCUUCUGACAAAGCGUAUGACCACGCAAGAUUAUGCUCCACUCAUUGCUCGCAUUAAAGACCGGAUCAGUUGCUGGUCGGCUCGUCACUUGUCUUUUGCAGGCCGUCUGCAGUUAAUUGCUUCAGUCCUCCACAGCCUCAUCAAUUUCUGGAUGUCUGCUUUCCGUCUCCCCAAUGCCUGUAUCAGUGAAAUCGAUAGCCUAUGCUCUGCUUUUCUUUGGUCAGGCCCGACCCUGAACACAAAGAAAGCAAAAGUGGCCUGGAAAGAUGUGUGUAUCCCUCGAGAGGAAGGGGGGCUUGGAUUAAGAUCACUUAAAGAAGCUAAUAUGGUUAGUUGUUUGAAGCUCAUAUGGCGUUUACUAUCCGCAAAAUCACUCUGGUCACAGUGGUUGAAGACUUACCUAAUCAGAAAAGGCUCCUUUUGGUCAAUAAAAGCCAACACUGCAUCAGGUUCUUGGAUGUGGAGGAAAUUACUGAAGUAUAGGCACAUCGCUUUAGACUUUAUAAAGUACGAGGUUAGAAGUGGGCAAGGUGUCUCUUUCUGGCAUGAUAAGUGGUCGGCUUUGGGUUGUUUACUGGAUAUAACAGGCCCUCGAGGCUGUAUUGAUAUGGGAAUCCCACUAGACGCAACUGUUGCAGAGGCUUUACACCACAGAAAACGAAGACACCGUGUGGACUAUCUCAACCAAAUAGAGCAGGCUCUAGAUGAGAUCCGUUCACUUGGGACAACUUCUGCAGCUGAUAUAGUCUUAUGGAAAGGGAAAGGAGGUCGUUUCACAACUAAAUUCACCACAAGGGAGACAUGGUUGCAGCUACGGGAAUGUCAUGAUAAAAAAGACUGGGUGACAGGGAUUUGGUUCUCGCAAGCGACACCAAAGUACUCUUUCAUUGCUUGGUUAGCCACAUUGAAUAGGCUCUCCACAGGCGACCGUAUGCAAUCCUGGGGAGGAAAUUACACCACAUCCUGUGCUCUCUGCUCGUGCUCUCUAGAAACAAGGAACCAUCUGUUUUUCUCCUGUCCUUUCUCCAUAGAAAUUUGGACAGGCCUAACAUCAAAUCUUCUACUCAACAGCUUUUCAACUUCAUGGGACCAGCUCCUCUCUCUACUCACGGACGACACGCUAACCCCGGUCACUCUCUACCUCUUGCGCUACACUUUUCAGGCCACAGUUCACACCAUAUGGAAGGAAAGAAAUAGUAGAAGACAAGGAGAAGCCCCAACCCCUGCUCCUCUUCUUAUCAAACUCUUGGACCGGAAUGUCAGAGACAGGCUGCUCUCCAUCUACACUCAAGGAAAAGGCAAAUACACGGCUGCAAUGGAACAAUGGCUCGCCUCAAGAUAAUUUUUUCCUUUAUUCUUUAUUUUUAGUCUCAGAUAGAUAAAAUCUCAAACACUCUCAAACACUCAGCAUA